AGAAGCCUUAAAAACGCCGUCGUCUAGCAUAUUUAUCUACCGUUGUGAGUUUAUGUUAAGGAGAGACUAUUCACACACCCUGAGAGUUUGAGAGCGAAAGAUGGUUGCAAUUCGCGUCUUCUCGCGAAAAUUCCCCACUUUUGCUUCGAUUUUCUUCCAAAGCCUGACUAGAAAUCCGGCAAUACAUCGAAUUUCAUUCUCGUAUCUAAAGCCCAAGACGCUACUCCCGGUCUCGCCGAAACCCUUCACGGUGUUUGUCGCUCAGUUCCACGACGGGAGGCCGAGGGGUCCUCUCUGGAGAGGGAAGAAGCUGAUCGGAAAAGAGGCCCUAUUCGUGAUUCUGGGUCUUAAGAGACUGAAGGAAGACGACGAGAAGCUGGAGAAGUUUAUAAAGACCCAUGUUUUCAGAUUGUUGAAGUUAGACAUGUUAGCUGUUAUCGGCGAGCUUGAACGACAAGAAGAGACUGCGCUAGCUAUCAAGGUGAUGUUCGAGGUGAUCCAGAAGCAGGAAUGGUACCAACCCGAUGUGUUUAUGUACAAGGACCUUAUAGUAUCCUUAGCAAAGAGUAAAAGAAUGGAUGAAGCAAUGGGUUUGUGGGAGAAGAUGAAGAAAGAAGACCUCUUUCCGGAUUCUCAGACUUAUACUGAGGUUAUCAGAGGGUUUCUGAGAGACGGGUGUCCCGCUGAUGCCAUGAAUGCUCUGAAUAAUAUCAACAGGGGAAGUCAAUCUUGAUCAAGAUCCAGAAUGUGUUCUCUUGAAGAAGUAUCAAACAGAUCUGAGCAAGUGGGGGAAAUGAAAUCAGUAGAUGCUUCAUCACAAGGAAAACAGACUUUUGUUAGUUAGACGAACCCAGAUAACGUAGAGACUUAUAUUCCUUGUUCUGAUGCUUCAUAAUAUCAGUCAAAGACCGAACUUUUGUGAAACGAUCAUCUUAUUUAGAAAAGUUUCCAAGUUGAGAACUUUUCCACAUUUCUCUCUGGCCUCUCAGGUUGUUCAAAGGGUCCUCUCUAGUCUCUACCUACAUUGUAUCCUCAUGAACAGUUUGGUAGAGAUUCAUUAACAUUGAUUU